AUGGCACCGAGCAAGAUAAAGAACUUUUUCCUUAAGAAGAGAGCAGAAGCCAAGCUAAAGCUUGGUGUUACUGGUCCAGGCCGGAAGCUGAAUUCGGAAGCACCACCUCCAUCGGCGAAGGCCAGCUCGUCGAAGCAGAAAGAUGUGUACAUCCCGCCGAAACGUAGCGAACUAUCGGCGGAAGCGAAAGCAGCCGCAAAUGCCGCACUAGCACGCUUCGAAGGCAAGGACAAGAAAGAGUUUAACACAUCGCUUGCGGCAAUCCGGGCACAGGUUCGGAAGGAGCUGGAAGCGGAAAAGAAAGCCAAAGAAGCGGGUCAUUCAUCGGACCACGGUGAAACGGGGGACCAGGAUACGGCGCAGGAGGCAGCCGCCAGUCGUCAAGAUUAUGCCGUUCGUGGCGUAUUUUUCCGCUGCCCAAUGAUUGGGGACGAAAUUUUGCCCUACAAAGAAUGGAAAGGAAGAAUCAAAGAGUUUCUGUACGAACAGCUGGCCGCCGACCGGGGACUAACGGCGUGCCUGAUCAUCUACAACUGCAACCCCAAAGAUAAGGCGGAAUUGUGCAUCGAAACGCUUACCAAGUGCAUCGAAAACAUCGUCAACAAUCCGAACGAGGAGAAGUACAAGAAGAUUCGCAUGACCAACCGUAUGUUUUGCGACAAGAUAAAGGUAUGCGAAGGUUCGCUCGAUUUUCUCCACGCAGCCGGUUUUGUGGAGAUUGAGCUGGACAAUGAACCGCACCUGAUAUGGUCCGAGGAUAACAUCGAUCCGGAAUGUUCGCUUGAGGUUCUGCUCGAAGCGCUUAAGGCUGCCGAACCAAUCCCGGUUGAGCUGGACCGUAAUUUGCAGGUGUUGCUACCGUCGCAAGUGAAGCAAAGCAAUUUGCCACCGGACUUUUUCCGAAUAUCGCCGGAAGAAAUUAAGCGCGAACAGCAACUGCGCACGGAAGCACUCGAGCAGGCGCAAAUACUUAAAACGAAAGCAAUGCGCGAGCGAGAAGAGUUACGAACGGUAAAUCGGUAUAAAUUUUCGCUCGUACGCGUCCGUUUUCCGAACGGUGUAUACUUGCAAGGGACGUUCAGUGUGUACGAAAAGUUUGGCCAAGUGUACGAAUUUGUGCAAUCAUGUUUGAUGCACGAAUCGGCCGAAUUUUCGCUGGUAUUGCCCGGUGGGCAGAAAUUUGACGUCCAAGAAGAUCUGGACAAAACGCUGUACGAUCUGCGGCUAGUGCCGACGGUGGUGUUUAACUUUAUGUACGAGAACGAGUCGAAGAAUCUGACCGACUUCCUGAAGGAAGAGUUGAUGCUGUUGAUCCAAUCGUUUUAAG